AUGGCAUGGACUGCUGUUCCACUAGCACUCAUGUGGUUUAUAAUAGAAAUGGACCCUGGGCCUAACUCAACCUCAAAAGUCAGCUCAAAGGUGGUUCAUACAUAUAUUUUUAUUCUGCAGAGAACGAAAAUAAUAUCUGAAUUAUUAAUAUCUGUUUCAAAAGCUGAGAGGCAAGAGGCACGUAUGAAAGUGCGACAGGAAUCUUUGAGACUGGGUAACGUGGGAGUAAUCAGAGCUGGAACCAUUAUUUCUGAGGCCUGGGAAGAUGGGCAAGCACUAAAGGACCUCAAUGCUCAGCUUAGAAACUUAUUAGAAACUAAAGAAGCUAUUGAACGGCAGCGUAAAUUGCUCAAGAAACGACAACCAGAUAAAAGUGAUGGAGGAGAUGUGGAGGGAGGUUUGCAGGAAGAAGAUUCUCUCAUUCAGGAUGAGAUCUACAAGUCUCGUUUAGCCAGCAUCAAACGUGAGGAAGAUGUGAUAAUGCGUGAGAGGGACCGAUAUGAACUAGAGAAAGGAAGGUUAAUUCGUGAAAUGAAACGCAUACGUGAUGAAGAUGGUUCUCGUUUUAACAAUUUUCAGAUUUUGAACCACCGAUAUGCCCUCUUAAACCUUCUUGGAAAAGGAGGAUUUAGUGAGGUGUAUAAGGCUUUCGACUUGGUAGACCAUAGAUAUGUUGCAUGUAAGCUACAUGGACUAAAUGCUCAGUGGAGCGAAGAGAAGAAGCAAAGUUACAUACGGCAUGCAAUCAGGGAGUACAACAUCCAUAAGACUUUGGUGCACCAUCACAUUGUGCGGCUUUGGGACAUUUUUGAGAUAGACCAAAACACAUUUUGCACUAUCUUGGAGUACUGUAGUGGAAAGGACCUUGAUGCAGUUCUCAAAGCAACACCUGUGUUGCCAGAAAGAGAAGCAAGGAUCAUCAUUGUGCAGAUUUUUCAAGGCCUUGUCUACUUGAAUAAAAAGUCACAGAAGAUCAUCCAUUAUGAUUUGAAGCCAGGGAAUGUUCUGUUUGAUGAGUUUGGCAUUGCUAAGUUCACUGAUUUUGGCCUUAGCAAGAUAGUGGAGGAUGAUGUUGGAUCCCAGGGCAUGGAGCUAACAUCCCAGGGAGCUGGAACGUACUGGUACCUUCCUCCUGAAUGCUUUGAGCUAAGCAAGACGCCUCUUAUAUCCUCAAAGGUUGAUGUCUGGUCGGCUGGUAUUUUGUUGUACCAAAUGCUGUUUGGUAAACGGCCCUUUGGGCACGACCAGUCACAAGAGAGAAUACUGAGGGAGGACACCAUUAUUAAAGCAAGAAAGGUUGAAUUCCCUACAAGACCAGCUGUCUCUAAUGAGGCAAAGGAGUUCAUUCGUCGUUGUUUAACAUAUAAUCAAGCAGAGAGGCCAGAUGUUUUAAGUAUUGCUCAAGACCCUUACUUGACAUACACAAAGAAAUGAUAGGAAGAUGUUAAUCACAACUACUUGGGCAGAGGGUCGUGCCUCUCGUCUAUGAAAAACGCUGAUCUUCUAAUGUUGGGACGAGGAGUGGUGCUCUGGGAAUUUUGUAUAGUUGUAAAGCCAUGUAAUUUUUUGUCCCUCUACCUUCGACUAGAGGGCCUUUGCUUGAGCCCCCAAAAACAUUUAAUAGUGCAUUUUAUGAUUUUA